UCCCCAUCCAAAUUGUCAAUAAUUAAUUCAAUUGUCAAAAUAAUCUGCUUAAACUUGAAAGUGCUUGUUAGUUGUUAGAAAAGUCAACGGUUUAACGGAUUGAGUAUUAUUUGUUUGUUUGGGUUUAUUUAUGACAACAGUAAAAAAAAUAUGGAUUUGUCAAUUUCUGCCAGUUUUGAGUAGCCUAGCUUAGAUUCUUCAAUUUGUCUAAACUUUAUAUUAGUCCAAGCAUAGUCCAAGAAAAUGGAAGACGAAGCAGUUGUUAACAACCCGACCAAUACGCUGCAAUCCAAGCAAUCUACAUGCUCAGACAUAACUGAAAUCUCUUCAAUGACCGAAGAUGAAACCAAUCACUUUCAAACUGUUGUUUCUUUCAUCAAGAGGGAUUUAGUGGCUGCAGACUUGAAAUGGAGCUUAUUUGUAGCCGCCAGUCAGAGUUACAAGCAUGACUCCUGUCUACGACCGUAUCCACCGAUGUUUGUCAAAGAUGGAAACAAAGAUUUUGGUGGUUUGAUGAAUGCUAUUGAGUCUAUACCUGCUUUCCAUCACCUAGAAUCUUCUAUCUUGGCAAAACCAGCCGUUCUACUUUUGUACUGGGUGUUGUUGGAACUUAAAGAACCUUCACUGUCAACCGUGAACCAAUCAGAGGUAGAUGAAGUUUUACAAUUGGUCUCGUGUGAGCUGGCGCCUCCUCGUCCUUCGCUGGUAGUUAGGUUAAGUUACGAGGGGUCAGCAAGUGAGCGAAGAUGGCAGAAGGAGGAGGAACGUCAUGGUUCACUGUACGCUUUCCACGGCAGCCGAGUGGAUAAUUUCCACUCAAUCCUCCAUCAUGGAUUACAGCAGCAUUUAACAAAGAACGCCCUGUUUGGGCAGGGAGUGUACUUCUCCAGUGAGCUGCUGGUGUGUCUGCCCUACAGCAGGACAGGGUUGUUAUGGAAGCACAGCUGUCUAGGGUCUGCUUGCAGCGUCGUUGCUAUGUGUCAAAUCAUUGACCACCCAACCAUUCUUUGCCAGAACGAACAAGCUAGUGAAGAGAACAAGUCACGGGCUAGAGCGCAGGAUAGCCUAGCUGGGGAGGUUCCUCACAAGCUGUACGUGGUGCCUAACAGUGACCUAAUACAAGUGAGGUACUUGCUGGUGUACACAGAAAAGUCCAACUCCUCCCCCAGCCAAAGGUAG